GGUGUCUAGCUGAUUCUAGCAAGCUUUGGUUUCUUGGGAAGAACUUGGUCAUGUGGCUUCCCACAGAGGCUUACCCUGUGGAUAUCCUGGAGGACAGCCCUGAGGGCCACCAGGCAGCGGCACAGGCUUACUAUGAUUCACUAAGGGAAAGAGCUCCCACUGCGGCAGAGAUUUUCCCUCUUCCCACUGGGGAGCAGGUUAAACUUGAAACUUCAUCUCUUUGUUUCUGCACUGUGUACCGUGAUGAACCUCAACAUAAAAUACUGGUUUUGGUUAGUCCCCAAGACACAAAGACAGUUGUGGCUGUCUACUUGAAGGAAUCCUGGUGGUCCACAGAAGAUGUCCUAAGAACUUCUGAUCCCACACGGAAAGGGCUCAUGAAGGUUCGGUCCUUUGGGGAAAGGAUUGUACUUUUCAUCCUCAAUGUCAUUAUUUUUGGAAAGUUGGAGAGAAGUUUGGAUGAUGAGGACAUGUUUUUCCUACCUCACCCUGCGAAGGAGCAGGCUAAGAUUCUGUGGAGAGAUGGAGCGGCCAUUGGAUUUUAUUCAACCAAAAUGAAAGGCAGCCUGUGUGGCAAUGGCACUAAUGCAUGCUACCAGCUACCUGUCUUUGAUACUGUGUUUGUCAGGAAGAAAUGCCGUCGACAAGGCCUGGGGACAGCCAUGCUGCAGGACUUUUGUGACACUUUUCAAGAAGAAGAGGCCCUGGGGGUCAGUUGCCCAAUUUCUCCUACCAUGUAUCAAGUCCUCAGGCAGUUCCUGCUGGCCUGUCCAGCUCAUCGAGGACGCCUGUGGGAGGUGGAACCCCCAGGGGCCUGGGGCCAGAGAGCCAACAUCUGGCUCAAGGUUUAUCUUCAGGAGGCAAGACUUCCAGAAGGGAGCAUAGCUCAGCCUGGAUGUACUGGAGAGGACAUGAGCAGGCCCAGGCAGACGUUACAGGAUGACCGACUUGUGCAGUGUGAUCAUGGAGAAAGCCACAAGGAGGAGGCCACUGGAGAAGAACUAGAAAUGACACAGAACGAUGAAGACUGUGGGGUGAGAGGAGGAAGGCCGGCUGCCCAGGACACCCUGCUGGGCUGAGCUGAAGGGGAAGGGAGCCAAGAGGACAGUGGCGGUCGCUGGACUGGUUGGUGAGCCACGGCAGAAGCAUGUGCGACCCAGCUCCUAACACCUCAGAUCCCCUUGGCUUCCUGGGAUCUGAUCUGAGGUCCCUUGAAUAGCCUCUGAUCCUGGAGGAGAGAUUUUCCAUGGGCCCUGCCCACGUCUGACACCCAUGUGGGCUCCAGGAUGAGGGAACCUGAAGUAUUCGGUGAAGCCAGGUGCUUUGUUGGGCCAUUUUCCCAAGACAACUGUUAGCAGAUUCAAAAGAUGUCAGAAACACAUUAACUCAUUCAUUAAAAUCACUGUGGCUUCCUUUUCUCAUGAUUAUGGUGGGAAACUAUGUGAUGUGGAGGUCUUCCUGAACACAUACCUCUUCCCUAGUGGAAGUGGGUUCAGAAAGGGGCUGUGUUGCCCAUCCAUGCUGCAGAAAUCUUUGGUCCAUUCAGCCCUGUUGUGACCCAAGAAUAAGACACCAGAGGUUUCCAGGGAGACAAGUUCCUUGGGGAACCUGUCAGCUACUUCAGAGCUCCUGGAAGACAGGGCACUAGAGCUGAAUAAUGUCCACUGUGCCAGGGCCAGAUGGUGACCGCUGUGGGCCUUGGGCUCAUAUCAGACCUGAUUUACAGGAGGACUCAGAUUGGAACUUUAGGUGGGCUCCUCCACAUCCCAGUGUAGAAACAAGGCCCCCAGAUGGGGAUUUGGGUCAAUGGCUUUCAAGCACAUGGCUGGCCCUGAACAAAUAACAGCUUGUCUCAAAUGUGAAUUUACUUUUUGACUUUUCACAUGCUUGGCCAUGCUGGGGAUGCAGAGCCUCACAGGACCUACCCUCAGGCUGAGUGUGAACAGGUGAUGACAAAGGGCUCCUGGCACUGCCUGCCUUGGAUGAGUUGAGGCUGUUCCCUGGGAGCUGGGAACUUUUUUCAGUGCCAUUGAGCUCAACCAUCUGGACAUGUAGUCAGAUUUCUCCCAGAGAAAGCUGGUCAGGCACCUUCUGUUCCCUGAUUGGUCAAAUAGCAGAGGCAAUGGGACUUCUUUUACUUAUGUAUUCAUGAAAGCAUCUGUCUGUCUGCUCCUGUGUCCUGUCCAUCCAUCCAUCCAUCCAUCCAUCCAUCCAUCCAUCCAUCCAUCCAUCCAGUCAUGCAUUCAGUGUGCUUUCUCAGGGACAAGCUCUGUGCUGGGCAUGUUGGAUUUAACUGGCCUCAGAAAACUGCUCUCUCAGAGAUUUCUUCUAGCGUGCCCAUGGGAGUUUUUAAUCCUUCUCACACCUAUUAUAGAGAGGGAAAGGCCUGUCCAUGUAAAAGUAGAGUUUAUAGCUCAUUACAGAGAUGUCAUGAAGCCCCCAGUUACGUGUGGUAUAUUCUUAGUAAAAGAAUCAUCUCAAAGAAGAAAGCCUGAUGUAUUUGUUGAAGGCUUCAUUUAAAGACUUGUAAGGUGACCACAGUCAAGAGGUUCUCUGAAGCUCAGAGCAGCCCCCACCCUUCUGGGCAGGGCCAAUAAGGAAUUGUCCUCCUGCUUGUGUCUGUAUAUGAGCUGGUUUAGGAAAUCAGUUCUAUUUGUUCAGUUUCUCUAUGUUCUUGACUUUUUUUGGUAGGGUCUGAGGUGUUAGUGGUGGACAGGGUCUUGCUAUGCUUGUAUGUAUUUGUCCUCAAAUUCAGAGUUCUCCUCCCUCAGUUUCUGAAGUGUUAGAAUUACAGAUGUAUACCACAA